UGCUUGAACCAAUCCCUUUCCCCUUCGAGGCUUUGGCUAUUACACAGCGCCCCCCAGCCGAGGUAAGCGACUUGCGAUCGAAAGGGAGAUCACGAUAGCUCAGUUUUUUCGUCUGUCUCGCUUCUUCUUCAAUGGCUUCUCCAGUGGCGGGUCUCUCGCUGCGCUGCGGCGACUGUGGCACGCUUCUUCGGAGCGUGGAGGAGGCGCAAGAGCACGCGGAUCUCACAUCUCAUGCCAAUUUCUCCGAAUCUACCGAGGCCGUUCUCAAUCUCAUCUGCAACACCUGCGGAAAGCCCUGCAGGUCCAAAACAGAGUCCGAUCUGCACACGAAGAGAACGGGGCACGCGGACUUCACCGACAAAACCCUGGAAGCCGCCAAACCGAUCGAUUUGGAGGCUUCCAAACCACCUGCUGUUAAUUCCGAGGGGAAUGCCACUGUAGCUGCUGCCGUUGCUUCUGAGAGCGGGCAAUCGGAUGAGAUGAUAAUCCCAGAGGUUGAUAAGAGACUUCUGGAGGAGCUUGAAUUAAUGGGUUUUGCUACUGCCCGGGCUACAAGGGCGCUUCAUUAUUCUGGUAAUAGUAGCAUUGAGGCUGCAAUUAAUUGGGUUGCUGACCAUGAAGAUGACCCGGAUGUUGAUCAGAUGCCUUUGGUCUCCAUUAAUAGCUCUGCAGAAACCAGCAAGAAAACUUUGACUGCAGAGGAAAUUAAGAUUAAAGCUGAAGAGCUCAGGGAACGGGCUCGUAAGAAGAAGGAUGAAGAAGAGAAGAGGAUGGAAAGAGAAAGAGAGAAGGAUAGAAUACGUGUAGGCAAAGAGCUUCUAGCUGCUAAGCGAAUAGAGGAAGACAAUGAAAGAAAAAGAAUAAUAGAAUUGCGAAAGGCAGAGAAGGAAGAGGAAAAAAGAGCAAGGGAGAAGAUACGUCAGCGUUUGGAGGAGGAUAAGGCUGAAAGGAGAAGGAAGCUUGGAUUACCGCCUGAAGAUCCUGUGGCCACAAAACCAGCUACCACAUCUCCUGUAGAAGAGAAGAGUGCAUUACCGAUCAAGCCUGUAAUAAAGUUGGAGCAAAUGAGAGACUGUCUACGCUCUCUCAAGCAGAAUCACAAAGAGGAUGAUGCUAAGGUGAAGAGAGCAUUCCAAACACUCCUUACUUAUGUAGGCAAUGUUGCGAGGAAUCCUAAUGAGGAAAAAUUUAGGAAGAUCAGACUAAAUAACGCAACUUUCCAGGAUAGAGUUGGUAGUCUCCAUGGAGGCGUUGAGUUUCUCCAGAUUUGUGGGUUUGAAAAACAGGAAGGUGGAGAGUUUUUGUUCCUGCCUCGAGACAAGGUGGACAUAGCUGUUAUGAACUCCGCUGGAUCCGAGCUGAACUCUGCCAUUACAAACCCCUUCUUUGGAAUUCUGUAAGUUGAACAUCCACCCAAUAAUUUAUCUUCUGAGUUUGCUUUUGUUGAAGAGAAUAAAAUAAUGUAAUAUUUAUAGAUAUAAUGUAAAAAAAUAAUUUACAACAUUUACUAUUUCACAUUUUGUCAUAAAGCUUUUGAUGGCCCUGCUGCUUACGAUGUUAACUUCA